UUAUUCCUCCACAAAGUGAACUUCUGAACACAAGAACGAAACGAGAUGCCGCCUUGCUCGUUUAUUUCGUGAACAAAUCUUUUUUUUUUUCGAACAAAUCUUUUAAGUGAACGAAUCGUCGUGCACGAAAUAAACGAGCAAGUCGGCAUUUUUUUCGUGAAAAGAAUCGUGUUCGUUAGCAGGUACGAUACCGUAUCGAAACGUUGAGUUUGCAUAAUUGUUUGUUUGUUAAUCGCAAUUAGACUUAUUUCUUUUGGGAGUGCUGGGUGUAUUACUAUCAUACUUUGGUGGAUGAUGGCUACAGCAGAGCAUUUAUGCAUAGUACUUCUGUUAUGUGUGUGUGCCUGUACUUGUUUGAGUGACUAUUACUCACUGCUUGGAGUUUCUCGCUCUGCAUCUUCAAGAGAGAUCAAGAAAGCAUUUCACAGGCUGGCCCUUAAACACCAUCCUGAUAAAAACCAAAGUCCUAAUGCACAGCAGAUCUUCACACACAUUGCUCAAGCUUAUGAGGUACUAUCUGACAGAGAGAAGAGACGAGUCUAUGAUCAAAUGGACCACUUAACUAACCCUGAUCAGGCCAGGGAGGGAAAGUUCAAGAAAGAUGAAAAAGAGGAUAUGGACAGCAAUCCCUUUGUCGAUAAAGGGACAUUUCAUAGUAAAAGGGGUUUCCAGCAUUUUAGUUUAGAGGAGCUGCUUCAUUCACUGCGGAUGGAUGAUGACUUCUUUAUGGGCGAGCAACCUGGUUAUGAAGGAUGGAGUUUUAUUUUUGGGCCUGAGGAUGAUGAUGAUGAAACGGUCCUCCUCAGUGAUCUUUUCAACAUGCUUUAAUGUCAAGGGUUUGUGUAUCUUGACCACAUUAAGUUAAUAUAUUUAUUA